AUGAUGUAAUUUAAGAGUUUAGAAGAGCAAAUACAAUAUUAAGAAAAGAAUAUAGAAUAUUUGUAACAAUAAAAUUUUGAUUUGCAAAACCAAAUUUCACAAUUCUCUUAAUUUUAAUAGUUAGGAAUUACUAUUGAUGCAUUUUAGUCUUUGUAAAAUAAUAGUAAAGAAUAAUUACAACAAAUUAAAUAAUUACAAAAGGAGAAUAAAAAUUUACUUAAAUAGAUUCAAAACAAUCAAGUGAAAUAUUAUGAUAAAACAUUGUCGAAUUUAUAAUAAGAAAAUGUGAAAUUGAAGAAUGAAAUUAGAUAACUACGUCAAAGGAUAUCAUCACCUUCCAAACUUGAUAAAUCAAUUAUUUAGUAUAGUACACCAUAAAAACAAUUAAAUCCUAGUGCUAUUCUUAAGUCUACAAAAGAUCAUCCAAAAGAUGUUUCUAGUUUACUAUUUAUUAAAGGUUCUUAAAAUUUCAAAUCUCCAUUUGUAGAUAUUAUAAAAGGAAAAUAUGAAAAUGUUAAAGUAAUCAAAUAACUUAAAUCAGGAUUAGAAUAAUCAUAUUUUGAUACAUAUCAUUUUGAUGUCAUAAGUCAAGAUCUCUAAUAUAUUCUUCAAUAAUUAGAUAGAUAACAUAGUAUACAUUAAGGUAAAGGACUUCUAUUAUCUAAUUAAUUAUGUUUGAUUUAUGGAGCAUCAAGGACAAAUAAAAAGCAUUUCCUAAUCUAAUAUUUAGAUACUUUAAUAAGUCAAAUAAAACAACAAUUUGAAAUCUUUUAAUAAAAUGAAGAUUAUAAAUAAUUAACAGUAAAAAUAAUAUAUGAAGAAUUCUUUAAUGGCUAAUCUAAACAUCCUAGUGAUAAUGAAAUACUUAUUAACAAAGAAAAAAGUAAAAAAGAUAAUGAAAGCAAAGUAAGAGAGAUUGAAUUAUCAAUUUCUAAAUUGAGAUUAAUAAUUCUUAACAAACUUAAAAUGACAAUAAAGGACAAUAGUAAGAAAUAUGUUAAAAUAAGAAAACUUUAUAUUGAAACUGAAUUAUAAUUUAACAAAGAAACUCAAGUAAAAAAGUUUAUUGUAUUUACAUCAAAUGCAAAUUUAAAUUAAAAAUAAUUUUAAAAUGCUGAAGAAGGUUUAAAUGAAUCUUUAGCUAUGAAGGAUAAAGGAAAGGAAUUAACAUAAAUAUUAAGAUGGCCAUAAUUGUAAAUUUCUAUGGUAUUAUGCAUUCAUCCUACAAUUCCAGAUUACGCUUUGACAAUUAAUACUUUUUAAUUAUGUAAAUUUAUUAGGAAUUUGAAAUUAGUAUCAGAUUCUCCUUAAAGUUCUGAUAAAUUUUAAUAAAUUUUAGAAAACAAUAAUGUAUAAUAUUAUUUUAUAUUAAUAGAAAUAACUUGAACAAAAGAUAAAACAAUUAAGAGAAAAAAUAAAGAAUUUAGAAUCUGAAAAUUAUAGAGUUAAAAAGUAAAGUUUAAUUUUAGAAGCAGAAAAUGAGGAAGCUGUUGAUAAAAAUAGGAGAUUGAAAUAAUAAUUAGCAAAUCUAACAGGUUAGCUGUAAUAAUUGCAAAUGAAUUUUUAACAAUAGAUUUCAGCUAAGAAAUCAUUAACUUUGUCUAAAACUAAAAGUGCUGUUGUAGCUGAUAAUAAAACUAUAUAGACUCUUGAAAAGGCAGCCAGAAGCAUAUCUGUUUUAUUGUCUUAAAAUAGCAAGACAGAUUUGAGUGUUAGUCCUUCAAAAGUUUAAAAGACACUACCUUCAGAUUUACUUCUGGUAUUAUUAUAAGAGUUAUAAAUUAUAGCCUAAUUUUUAAGAGAAUCCUGAUGAUGAAGAGGAUUAUUAAGAAGAAGGAGAGGAUGGAUAAGAAGAUGAAGAUUAAAUGGAUGAAGAGGAAGCAAAUUCAGAAGAGCCAUCUGAAGAGGAUGAAUCAGAAGGAUAAGAUAUUUAAUAACCUAGAAAAGAGUCAUCAAUAUCUAUGAUAUGAAG